AUGCCCGACCAACAACUUGCACAGUUUCUAUCGCUCCUGUCCAGUCUCGAUUCCGGUCAGACAGAUAUCUCGACCGUCCAGCCAUCGGAACUCGCUGUCGGUCUAGUGCUCGUAAGAAAGCUAUACGCACACACUUGCAGUUGGAUCAACGCAUCGAGAACUGUGCGACGCGAGAUACGCCUACCGUUCGAGAUCAUUCGCGAGAUCUUCUACAUAUUCGCAGACGCCAACACACCCCUACUCGGCUCUUCCCGUCGUGAGGAUUCAGGAUGGCACGUACUGCUUCGUCUAUGCAAGAGCUGGUAUCGUAACCUGAUGGAGGACGGGCGCUUUUGGGCUAUUGUUGCUCCGCACAAUCCGUCAACCAUGCCAAUCACCAUGCAACGUGCCGGGCAAUGGACUUCUUGUUUCGUCUUAACGGAAAUCUUGCCCCGUGCGGUCGCAAAGAUACGACCUGCCAUCGAGCCUCUCGCGCUAGCUGCUUUCGAACCGUCGAGGCACCACGUCAUACACGUCGAACGGAAUCAGCGAGCGUUCGAAACCCUUCACAAGAUCCUUACCGUAGCGGCAUCAACGAACCUGGAUCGACUGGAGAGUCUGACUAUGCGAAGCAAUGCAUACGGUCAGACGUCAAGACAAGCAGACGAGAUGUCAAGAACCUUACACGCAGGCUUUCAAGACGUCUGGAUCCGUGCUUCAUCUCUCAAGUACGCAAAUUUUCACGGGAUGAGCGCCAACCUCCAAAGCGACAGUCUACGCACGUUACUCAUAUCCUAUCGCUCCUGGUCGACCGCACGACCGGCGAACUCCACCCUAAUCGACACCUUACGCCGCUCUGGCGACAAACUCGAACGAAUGGAGUUGCUAUGGGCAACAGGAUCUCCCUCUUCCUCCACGUCGCCGGUCACCUUGCCCAAGCUCACAGACUUGUUGCUAUGGGGCGAAGACGUGGAUGUCAUGAACGUGUUGCAGCUCGUUCAAACGCCUGCUUUGCACACCGCCAACGUCUUGCUCGAAAUCACAAGUAAUCGAGACGCAGCAGUCAUCCUGGAGAGACAACUGAUGGAGCGAAUGCAACCUGCGGGAGACUGGGACACCAUUCGCGUGCGUAUCUCUGAUAAGACCACCAACCAUUAUGGUCUAUCCAUGAGUGUCUCCUUCUGGAGACGAGCUGAUCUGAACGCGCUGGGCGCAGUGGUGAACCUACGCGCGGACAAACCGCGUUUGAGCAUCAGUCUUAGGACGAAAAGUGAACUUUUGACAUGGGCGGAUCUAGCCGGACCACUACUAUCGAGAGUGCGGCGCGCCGCGACAGUCUUGUUGCAGUUGCCCGAUGAUACAGUAAGAACGGAGAAGGAGGCAUUGGACACGCUUGAGCGCACAGCUGGACGCUCGCUUGACAAUUUCCUAUUUGAAAUUACUGCACGUACUAUACCGCUCGAUGACUAUGAUGCCGUGAACAUUGCCAGUAUAUAUUAG